AUGUCAUUCUCAUUUGUACCAACGGUUGACUUUGCUCGCCUGGUCGACCCCCAAACAAAGUCUGGCGAGCUCGUCAAACUGAAAGAAGCCAUUUUUCUUGUGGGCUUUCUGUACCUCACAAAUACAGGACUCGAAGAUCUCAUUCACCGCACUCAUGAAGCCAUACCGCGCCUUUUCGAUUUACCCACAAGAGUGAAAGAACAGAGCAAUAUGAUAAAUUCACCAUCAUUUUUGGGUUACACCCGUCUCGGAGCUGAGACUACGGCUUCGAGAACUGAUCUCCGCGAACAAUUUGAUUUUGGGACACCGGGCGUGAAGGAAUGGGCCCAAGGAGAUCCAUUUUGGCAGAGAUUGGAGGGGCCAAAUCAGUACCCAGAUCAAUCAGACUCACAGCGGCUUACAGAAGAUUAUAUCUUCAAAAUGGACGAGUUGGCGCAGUCAUUCGUGCAUUUUGUGGCCGAAUGCUUGUCCCUGCCUGCUGAUACGUUCGAUCGCUUCAAGGGUAACAUGAGUCGGUUGAAAUAUGUCAAAUACCCACCCUCAACCGCCAAUUCACAAGGAGUCGGGCCUCACAAGGAUUCUGCUGGCCUUUUCACAUUCCUUUCCCAAGAUAACGCUGGUGGGCUGCAAGUACUAAACAAAAAUGGUGAAUGGGUGGACGUUCCGCCUGUGGAGGGAAGCCUGGUGAUCAACAUUCAACAAGGAUUCGAAGCUAUCACCGGAGGCAUUUGUGCCGCUACCACCCAUCGGGUUAUUGCCCCAACAUCAAGAACCAGAUAUAGUAUCCCGUUUUUCUUGGGUGUGCGAUUGGAUUUGACCCUGGAGCAGCUGAAACAGUCUGCGGCUCAUAUUGUGCGUCAAAUUCCUGUCUCGGACGACCAAAGGAAACAAACAGUCGAUGUUCCCAGUGAAUUUCUAUCUCCACUUUAUUCAUGCAUAAUAUCAUCUAACUAUUCCGAGUUUGGGGAGGCACAUCUAAGGAAUCGAAUACUAAGCCAUCCUGACGUUGGGCAGCGGUGGUAUCCAGAGCUCUAUACCAAGUACUCUAAGCAGAGACUAGAAUGA